AUGUCUGCUUCUUCAUCUUCUUCUUUGUUGUCCCCUCGCCAAAGGAGCUACGACGUCUUCCCAAGCUUCAGGGGUCAUGACGUCCGUAAAAGCUUUCUCAGCCACCUGCUCUGUGAAUUCAAGCGCAAGGGAAUCGACACAUUUCUAGAUAAUCAAAUUAAGAGGAGCAAGUCAAUCGGCCCUGCGCUCGUACAAGCUAUAAGAGCAUCUAGGAUUGGCUUAGUCAUUCUCACGAAGAGCUACGCGUCCUCAAGCUGGUGUUUAGACGAGUUGUUGGAGAUUAUGGAGUUCAGGAAGCAUGCUCGCAAAAAAGUGAUGACAAUUUUCUACAAUAUUGAUCCAUCUGAUGUAAGAAAACAGGAAGGAGAUUUUGGGGAAGCAUUCAAGAAAACUUGUAAGGGAAAAACAGAGGAGAAGAAGAAGAGAUGGACGCAAGCUUUGACUGAUGUUUCCAACAUAGCCGGCGAGCAUUCACGUAAAUGGCCUAGCGAAGCUGCUAUGAUAUUACAAAUUGCCACAGAUAUUUCUAACAUGUUGAGCUUCACACCGUCGAGGGAUUUCGACCAUUUAGUUGGAAUGGAAGCUCAUAUAGCAAAGAUGACUUGUUUGUUACGUAUGGAAUCUAACAAAGCGAGGAGGUUCAUAGGGAUUUGGGGUCCUGCUGGAAUUGGCAAAACCACAAUUGCUAGAGCGUUAUACAACCGAGUCUCCAGCGAGUUUGAGCUUAGUGUGUUCAUGGAGGAUGUCAAGGGGAGUUACAACAAGAAUGACACCUACAGCUCCAAGCUGCGUUUGCAAGAACAGUUUCUUUCAGAGAUUCUCAGAGUCAAGGAUAUGCGGAUCAAUCAUUUAGGUGUGGCAAAGGAGAGGCUAAACUCCAGGAAAGUGUUCAUCGUUCUUGAUGAUGUCGAUAAGCUAGGGCAACUAGAAGCUUUAGCAGAUGGAAAAAACUGGUUUGGUGCUGGAAGCAGGAUCAUAGUGACCACUGAGCACAAAGACAUUUUAAAGGGUCAUGGUAUCAAGAAUAUCUACGAGGUUAAUUUUCCGUCUGGCGAUGAAGCUCUGCAAAUCUUUUCUCAGUCUGCUUUCAAACAAGAUUCUCCACCGGAAGGAUUCACGGAGCUUGCAGCUGAAGUUAUAAAAGUCACUAAUCAUCUUCCAUUGGGACUCUGUGUUUUAGGCUCAUCAUUGAGAGGGAAAAGAAAAAGCGAGUGGAGACAUGAACUAAAGCAACUAAAAUCCAGUAUAAAUCGUGACAUUGAGGAUAUCUUAAAAGUCGGCUACGAGAGCUUAGCUUAUGAUAAUUAUAAAAGUAUAUUUCUCUAUAUCGCCUGUUUGUUCAACGGGGAAGAAGAGGAUCGGGUGAUUCAGUUUCUUGAAAAUAGCAUUCCUGACAGUCAAUAUGGACUUGAUGUCCUUGUUGAAAGAGCGCUUGUGUGUGUAUCAAGGUACAAAGUCAUCAAGAUGCACCAUCUGCUACAACAGAUGGGAAGAGAAAUCGUACGCAAACAAUCUGCUCAUGAGCCUGAGAAACGUCAGUUCCUUAUAGAUUCUCAGGAGAUUCAUGGUGUUCUUGCUGAUAACAAUGGGACAGGAAGUGUUUUAGGCAUAUCCUUCAACAUGUCUGAAAGCCAUAAGUCCAGGCUGCGUUUACAUGAAGGUUUGGAUUGUUUGCCUCUACCUCGUAAACUCAAGUUACUUCACUGGGACGCAUGUCCUAUGGAACAUUUCUCUUCAAAGUUUAAUCCUGAAUGUCUCAUUGAAGUUAACAUGAGAGAGAGCAAACUAAAGAAGCUCUGGGAAGGAGUACCAAGGCUUAGGAGUCUCAAGAAGAUGAAACUGAGCGACUCCACUAGCUUGGAAGAGCUUCCUGACCUUUCAGAAGCAACAAAUUUGGAGCAUUUGGAUAUGAAGAAUUGCCACAGCUUGCUCAAGCUUCAUGACUCUAUCUGGAAACUUAGUAAGCUGAAUUUCUUAGACCUUGAAGCCUGCACUAAUCUAGAGCCUCUUCCAGAAAACGACGCGUUGGACUCUCUAAGUAUCCUCAAGAUCAGCAACUGCCCAAACCUCCAAGAUUUCCCAGAGAUCUCUAGUCACAUCAAAUAUCUCAAUCUGUCCUUCACAGCGAUAGCAGACGUGCCUCCAUCAUUUGACUAUUGGGAUUGUCUUCACACACUGAACAUGAACGGUUGUGAAAACGUUACAGAGUUCCCACCUGUUCCCUACACCGUCUCCGAGCUAUACCUGAACUCAACAGGAAUACAUGAAGUUCCUCCGUGGGUCUCGGAGCUCCAUAGGCUCACAAAACUGACCAUGUCAAACUGCACGAAGCUGCGAAAGAUCUCUCCGAGAAUCUUCCAGCUAGGACAGCUCGAGGUGCUUGAUUUCAGCGGCUGCGUGAAUGUGAGAAAGUUCCCUGCAGAGAUCUUUCAGAGCUUCUCUUUACGCCAUGGCUUGAAACUGUCUCUGUCUUUGAACAACAUUGGCAAGAACAGUUUACCUACAUUCACACCUGAGGAGACUCACGAUUUCUCCUUAACUUUGUCUUUGAAUGGGAAUGAUUUCGAGAGCAUUACACAUCACAUUGUACGUCAGGUUCGUUGCCUUUACCUUUGGAACUGCAUGUCUCUUCAAUGGCUGCCAGAGCUUCCGGUCUCGCUGUCAGAGCUGCACGCAAACAACUGUGUCGCUCUUGAGAGUUUGUCUCCGCCUCUGCGCUCAUCUCACGGCUCAAAGCUCAUUGUCAAGCUAGCUAACUGCUGGAAACUUGAUCAGCAAGCACGUAGACUAGUCAUUGAGGAAUGGUCUUGUGGGUAUGCGUUGCUAACUGGUAGUAAAGUGCCUGACUACUUUACUCAUCGAGCUAUAGGAAGUUCUCUAACCAUCGAUAUAGACCCGAUGGAGGUGUAUGAGUCAUUGAGGUUUAAGGCUUGUGUUGUGGUACUCCUGAGUCAUGAGCUUGAUUUGGUGUCUUAUAGGACCUUCGAAAUAUCUUGUUACGUCAGAGGCAGACACUCAACUACAGUGUACAAAUGGCCGAUGAUAGAUGCAGGUUAUUGUCUUAUGGAGAACCAUUUGUUUGUGCUCAACUCUUAUUUCACGAUGGAGGAAGACAACAUCCCUGAAAGCGAGAUGCUUUUUGAUUUCAAAUGCUUGGAGAUGAAAGAAUAUACGGAGACUGUAUCCUCCUUUAUACUGGGGUGUGGUGUAAGACUGAUGGAGCCUUGUUCUUGUGAAUAUGACUCGAAAGGUCACCCUGAGGUAACGACUCUAAAGCUCGAGGACGAUGAAGGCAACAGCAACAUGGACAUUGGAGAGACAAGUAGAAGCAAGAAACUUAAAAGGAAAAGCAAGAACGAGCAAGAGCGAACGGACAAGACUCAAAAGAGCACAAAAUCUGUUGUUGAACCAGCAGCUAACAUGGCAAAGAGGUCACGUCUUGAAAAGCGUAAAGAGGCUCGUUUGCAGAAGAACCAGAAAAAACAUGAGUCUUGGCUUCAGCGUCAGAAGUCACAAAAGAAGAAACAAGUACCAUCAUCAGUGCGUGAGACUGGUAAGAAGGUGAUCAAGUCUGAAGAUUUUCGCCAGAUGAGUGAUAGUGACAGUGAAACUGAACAGCUGGAUAUGACUAGUCCUGUUAAAAACAGGGAAGAGAAAAGACCGUUUCUACAAAACCAAGUCGCAGUUAAAGUCAAAUCAAAGGACAAGAAGGUGCAGAGAGAACAGAGAAUGAAAGAUUUAAAGAAACCGAAGAAGAAGACCAAGUUCGAAGAGUAUCUUGAAAUGGAGACAGCAAGCACUUCGCUAUCUGCUGAGCAGGAUCUUGAGCUUGAGAGGAAGCUCGCAAAGAAGCUCAAGGUCAACAAAGGAAAACUAAGGGGCUUGGAUGAUGGUAUGAACGACUUGUUCGAAGGGCUUCCUUCUGUAUUGGAUUCGAUGGAUUCUGAACUCGGCGAUUCUCGCAAGAAGCGUAAGAGAAAGAGAGCCGAAGAGAAACAGGACCUUGAGGUUGUCGAUGAGGAAGCAGACGAAGAUUUGGAGGAUGAAGAAUCUGAUUUUUCUGAUGAGGCAAGCGAAGAAGAGCCUAUGAGAAAGAAAGACAGUAAACAGCGUAAGAAGAAGAAGAAGUCUCUGGAUGAGGAAGUCACAGAGACCGUUGAUCAUCAAGAUUCACCGUCAAGCAUGGAGAAGGUAGAAGCUCCUCUGCAGGAGUAUAAACCUGAGAGCAGCACCAAGUAUGUUGCUCCUCGUUUUAGAAGCCAGGCCAGGAGUGAACCUGAAGAACACACUAAGUUACGUACACGGGUUAAAGGUCUUCUUAAUAAGAUGGCUGAGUCCAAUGUAGAAACAAUCACUGCAGAACUUUCCACAAUCUAUCGCUCUACUGCGAGAAGUGUGGCAUCUGAGAUUUUCUGUGAAGAGGUUUUGGCAAUGUAUGCCAGAGGCAAUGAACAGUACUCUGUAUUUGCUGCUUUCAUAGCUGGAAUGGCGUGUCUAGUUGGAAAUGAUUUUAGUGCAAAGCUUAUGGCUGCACUUGCUAAAUCUUUCGAGGAUGAAUACCAGAAAGAAGACAGUCUCUCUUUGAAUGGAAUUACUCUUUUACUUUCUUAUCUCUGCAUGUUGGGAGUUUGCUCCAGUGAUCUUAUUUAUGAUUUCUUAAUGACAUUGGGGAAGCGGCUGACUGAAGUUGAUGCCUCCACUAUUUUAACUGUUUUAGACUGCUGUGGAAUGAAAAUAAGAAGUGAUGAUCCUCUGGCUAUGAAAACUUUCAUCAUAAGCAUCCACAACAAGGCCAAUGAAAUUAAAGCCUCCCCGGAUGCCCCAGCAAAAAUAAAGAAGUACACUAUGGAAAAGAUGCUUGAAACCAUUGCAGCAAUCAAGAACAACAAGUUUAAAGCCAAAGAGGAUUCCGUCCAGAACACGAGGGUAAAGAAGUGGCUUCAGAAGUUGAGAGUGGAAGAAGUAUUAUUAAGAGGGCUCACAUGGAGCAAGCUGCUUGACCCUGAGAAGAAGGGUCAGUGGUGGUUAUCUGGAGAUUUGGCAGUUAAAUCGAACAACGUUGAAGAUGUAGCACAAACAAUGGAUGCAGAGGUUGUUGAGGCCCAGAAAAUGUUGAAGCUAGCUGAUGCACAGAGGAUGAAUACAGAUUCCAGAAAAGCUAUAUUUUGUGUGAUCAUGAGUAGUGAGGACUACAUUGAUGCAUUUGAGAAACUUCUUAGACUGGAUUUGCCAGGGAAGCAGGACAGAGAGAUCAUGAGGGUUUUAGUCGAAUGCUGUUUACAGGAGAAAGUGUUUAACAAGUACUACACAGUUCUCGCCUCAAAGUUGUGCGCUCACGACAAGAAUCAUAAGUUUACACUACAGUAUUGCAUUUGGGACCAUUUCAAAGAACUAGAGACGAUGUCACUCCAGAGAUCAAUGCAUCUGGCGAAAUUUGUGGCAGAGAUGAUUGUAUCCUUCAAUCUCUCUCUUGCUGUUCUCAAAUCCGUGGACUUGGCAAAUCCGGUGCAGCUAACUCCAAAGAGAAUCAUGCACUUUCGAAUGCUGUUCGAGGCCAUCUUUGAGCACCCUGAGAAUCUUGUGUGGAACUUGUUCACGCGUGUAGCCUUGAACCCGGACUAUGAAGCUCUACGCGAUGGCAUCAAAUUCUUCAUGAAGGAAUAUGUUGUGAAAUCUAAUAAGACAAUCUCUGGGAAAUUCAAGAAAGCCAAAGAAGCUCUUAGCAAUGUAGAUGGAUCGCUCAUGUGA